AUGAAAGCAAACGGGUUGAGCGGAGAAGGAUCGGGUAACUCGUGGCAAGGACGUGGCCUAGUCCCCGGCGACGAGAACGACAACGACGACGACGACCGGUAUUCGUUGGUCCUUCAAGAUGCGAGAGCAGGGGAACCCGAUCCGAUCCCGGCUCGUCGCUCUCAUUGGGCGUGGUCCGAUUUCUUGCUCAAUUUUGCGCUCUUCGCGACCGCGAAUCGGUUGGCCGUCGAAGUACCGUCACCCAGUUACAUCAGUGAGCGGCCGAAAACCAUCCAUCCACCAGUAUCAUUCGCAUCAUACUCGCAAGAUCGAGCGAACUACCGAUCACCCAGCAACAAUGGCCUUCAAGUUUAUCGCUUUCGCCGCCCUGAUCGCCGCCGCCAACGCUGGCGUGAUCGCGCCCGCCGCCCCCUGGCUUACGCCGCGGGCCCCGCGGUCGUCGCUGCCAAGGCCGUCGACGCCGACUACGACCCGCAUCCCCAGUACAGCUACGCCUACGACGUGCACGACAGUCUGACCGGCGACGCCAAGAGCCAGCAAGAGACCCGCGACGGCGACCUCGUUCAGGGUAGCUAUUCCCUCUUGGAGGCUGACGGCACCAAGCGCAUCGUCGACUACACCGCUGACCCGGUCAACGGAUUCAACGCCGUAGUCCGCAAGGAACCCGCCGCCGUCGCCCCGGUCGCUGCCGCCGCACCCUCGCCUAUGCCGCCCGCUUACGCCAAGAUCGCCACCCCCGUGGCCCAUGCCGCUCCUCUGGCCUACGCCGCCCCGAUCGCCAAGUUCGCCGCCCCGUACUCAGCUCCCAUCGCCUAUGCCGCACCGGGACCAGUCGCCUAUGCCGCGCCGUUCGCCAAGGUCGCCGCCGCUCCCAUCUCCUACGCCGCCCCCGCUGCCUACCUCCACUGAAUUGUGACCUGACCACCACUUAGGAAUGAUACUUAUCGAAUAAAUCUCAGUUUUCGUAGCAAGUAUAUAAGUCAUAUAUGAGAUUAUCUUUUUGCGCUCUUCGCCUAUCUUCAUAAUGUAUCCUCGUUCAGUAAUUAAGUAAUUAGACUUUGAGAAAAAAAAUCUAGAAAUUUAAAUCGCAGAACUAGCAGCUGCGUUUCUUAGAAAGAGUAUUUUUUUAAUAUAUAGUUAAUUUCGACAUAUGAAAGAAAUAUCUUCAGUCAUCUUUCUCUCAUUGUGAGUGUGUACAUUUUUCAAUCAUUUAGAAUAAGACUUGGAACAUUUGUGUCUUGAAUGUUUGAAUAAUCAUGAUUUUUUUCACCUAA